AUAUAUAUAAAAAAAAAAGAAAAUGGCAAAUAAUAAUAGUUACAAAAAUGGUGGUGUGAAAACCAAGUCAAUUUCAUCCUCAUCAUCUUUCAGUUUUUCCGGUGGUUACAAAUCUAAGCCUUCGUCGGUAAAUUCUGGUCCCCGCCGUAACAGCACCGGCUCCGGCAGUAAUUCUGCAGGUGGAUUUCAUAAGGACACUCCUAGUUCUGGAGCAUUAGUUUCUGGGAGAGUUCGAGUGGCUGUAAGAUUAAGACCACGAAAUAAUGAGGAGCUAUCAACUGAUGCUGAUUUUGCUGAUUGUGUGGAACUGCAGCCCGAGCUCAAAAGAUUGAAACUCCUAAGGAAUAAUUGGGAUUCAGAUACAUUCGAAUUUGAUGAAGUUCUUACUGAAUUUGCAUCACAGAAGCGUGUCUAUGAAGUUGUCGCAAAGCCUGUUGUGGAGAGUGUUCUGGAUGGAUAUAACGGAACAGUCAUGGCAUAUGGACAGACUGGUACCGGAAAAACUUAUACACUUGGAAGACUUGGGGAUGAAGAUACUUCAGCUCGUGGAAUAAUGGUUCGUGCAAUGGAGGAUAUAUUUGCUGAAAUAUCUCCAGAAAUAGAUUCCAUCUCUGUUUCUUAUUUACAGCUAUAUAUGGAGACAAUACAAGAUCUCCUUGAUCCAACUAAUGAUAAUCUAUCGAUUAUGGAAGAUCCAAAAAGUGGAGAUAUUACACUCCCAGGUGCUAGCUUGAUAGAGAUUAGGGAUCAAACAAGUUUUAUUGAACUACUAAGAUUAGGAGAAGCACAUCGCUUUGCUGCUAAUACAAAACUGAAUACAGAAUCAUCUCGCAGUCAUGCAAUUUUAAUGGUGCAUGUUAAGAGGUCCGUGAAGGAAAAAGACUCGGUUAUUACUAAUGAAAAUGGUAAUAGCAAAUCCCACAUGAAUAGAACAAUGAAGCCACCAGUUGUACGGAAGGGGAAACUAAUUGUUGUUGAUCUUGCGGGUUCUGAACGUAUUGAUAAGUCAGGGAGUGAAGGACAUACUUUAGAGGAAGCGAAAUCUAUAAAUCUUUCUUUAAGUGCACUUGGAAAAUGUAUAAAUGCAUUGGCAGAAAACAGUUCUCAUGUUCCGGUUCGUGAUUCCAAACUUACAAGAUUGCUUCGAGAUUCAUUUGGAGGCACCGCGAGAACGUCUCUUGUUAUCACCAUUGGUCCAUCUCCUCGUCAUAGAGGAGAGACGUCAAGUACUAUCAUGUUUGGGCAAAGGGCGAUGAAGGUAGAAAAUAUGUUGAAGAUAAAGGAAGAGUUUGAUUACAAAAGUUUGGCCAGAAAGCUUGAUGUACAAGUAGAAUCUCUCAUUGCAGAACAUGAACGGCAGCAAAAAGCGUAUCGUGAUGAGAUCAAAAGAAUAUCAAUGGAAGCGAAGAAACAAGUGACCGACGCUGAGAAAAGUUAUGCAGAUUGUUUGGAGAAAGAGAGAUUAAAAUACAAGAAAGACUGCAUGGAGUCAAUAAAGAAGCUUGAGGCGCAAUUGGCAGUAAAUCAAAUUAAAGAUGACAGCCUUCAUAAGGCACCUAACCGGGAACUAAUUGAAGUUAAGAAGUUGCUGCAAAAUGAAACACUUUUAAGAAAGACUGCAGAAGAAGAAGUUAAAAAUCUUCAAAAUCAAGUAACGCAAUAUAAAAGAUCAGAGGUGGCAGGAAAUGCUGAAAUCGCAAAGCUUCGAACAAUGCUGGAUAAUGAAGUUCAUCAGAGAGAAAAACUUGAAGAAGAAAUAUCCAUGUUACAGAAUCAGCUGUUGCAAAUAAGUUUUGAUGCUGAUGAGACAAGAAAACAAAUCGAAAGUGGUGAUCAUAGCGUAGAUAUGACUGGAGACAUGGGUUCCCUUGUAUCUCCCAUUAGGCAUCCACAGAUAAAAUAUUCAGGGGAGCAGGAGAAGGGCCCUGUGGCAAAACUCUUUGAGCAAGUUGGGCUUCAAAAGAUUUUAUCUUUACUAGAAGCAGAAGACCCUGAUGUGCGAAUCCAUGCGGUCAAAGUCAUCGCCAAUUUAGCAGCUGAAGCAACUAAUCAAGAAAAGAUUGUAGAAGCUGGUGGUCUUACAUCCUUGUUAUCUCUUCUUACGACGUCUGAGGAUGAGAACAUUCACAGAGUUGCUGCAGGGGCGAUUGCAAAUCUAGCAAUGAAUGAAAGCAACCAGGAGCUUAUAAUGUCUCAAGGGGGUAUAAGUUUGCUCGCGAUAACAGCAGAAAAUGCUGAUGAUCCUCAAACUCUUCGAAUGGUGGCUGGAGCAAUUGCCAAUCUUUGUGGCAAUGACAAAUUGCAACUAAUGCUAAGAGCUGAAGGUGGGAUCAAGGCCCUGUUAGGAAUGGUCAGAUGUAGACAUCCAGAUGUUCUUGCUCAAGUUGCUCGAGGAAUUGCUAAUUUUGCAAAAUGCGAGUCAAGAGCUUCUACUCAAGGUAUUAAAAGCGGGAAAUCUCUGUUGAUUGAAGAUGGUGCACUUCCAUGGAUUGUAAAGAACGCAAAUAAUGAAGCAUCACCAAUUAGGCGGCAUAUAGAGCUUGCUCUUUGCCACAUGGCUCAACAUGAAGUAAAUGCCAAAGAUAUGAUUACUGGGGGUGCUUUAUGGGAGCUUGUUCGAAUCUCACGAGAUUGCUCAAGAGAGGACAUCAAGAUUCUGGCACGCCGAACAUUAUCAUCAAGUCCGAGUUUUCAGGUUGAGUUGAAGCAUUUAAGAUUAAACUCGAGUUGAAGAGCUAAAUGUGUGUCUAUGUGCUGCAAUUAUUUGAAAACUAAUUUGUGAUCUUUUCUAGAUUUAACAAUUUGUUCGUUAUGAUGAAAAUAGGAAGCAGUCUUAUUGGUAAGGUUUAAUGGUUGUUUUGUUUGUAGCUUAGGUAAGUUCAUCAGAAGGGUGAUAUCUAAAUCUUCAUUUAUUUUUGGCAAGUUGUAAUUAUGUAUUGGUAUUUCCUUGAUUGAGUUAUAUAAUGAAGCAUUAUUUUUGUAUAAAA